UCAGGUGGCAACGUUGUGGGUUGACUGCGAGCCGAUUUGGGGAGGUGUUUUGUAAAAAUAUAAACUUAAAAAGAAAAUAUGAUACAUCUAACGGGUCAAAAUUAUAAUGCUCGUGAUAUUAUUAAAAACAUAUUUUCACCACUAAUUGGCGUGCUGAGCAGCAGCCUGGCCGAUGAGAUAUGUCACCGAAACAAUUUGUCCUUCGUGGAGCUGCUGCAACCGUUUGCGAAACUGCCCAAUGACGCACACUUUCGAGAUGUGUCUGGAACCAGUGUCUCAGUGCGCGGAUUGCGUCUAAGUUUCUGCGACGUGGACUGGCGUCCGCCUCAAACUGUGCUGGCACGGAAAAUGCUCAACGAAUCGGUAAUUAAUGCACAAAAUGACAAAACUAAGGUGGCUACUAUUGCCAACAUUGAUCUGGAGCUGCCCACAUCGGAGCCAUGGUUUGAGCAAUGGCGUGAAACCUUUCUGACUGUUCAGUUUCCAGCGGAACAUGAGUUUACCCGACACUUAUUAAGCUGCCUGCUUGUGCUGUCCAGCGCCGAUCCGCAGAUUGUGGAAACAGCUCAGAAGCUGACGCAACGUGUGCAACAGAUGCAAAGCAUAACGCCGCAAAAGCUGCCCAAAUGGUUUCAGCCAACAGAUGUGCUAAACAGCUAUGUGGUGCUGCACGAAGCCAGUCAGGGUGAUCUGUCCAAGGCGCAGCAGGGAUUCGAGCUGCUCAAGUCUACCUUUGGUGACAAUAAAUGUUUUCUGGUAUCGAUCAAUUCUCUAGAGCCAAAUACCACCAGCGACAUUCAGGACUAUUGGACUACCUACAUUAAGCGUCAGCCGAAAGCUGAUCCAAUGACAUCCAGUGAACUGAGUGCACCCAAAACACCUCAAGAAGCCGUCUCGGUGAUCAGCAUGCCAGCCAUGCAAAUGUCACAGCUACUGGAGGGUGCAGCUGCUCAGGAAAACGAUAUCACUAUGUUGCAUCCACUCAGUCCCAUGCAAGAGAGCGCCACGGAGGCCAUUAAUUCCAAGUUCAGCAUCAGCACCGAAAGCAUUGCUUCACAGAAUAUCAAUCCAAAUGUCUGGGCUAGUGAACGGGAUGCAGAUGCUCCCCAUGGAGGCUGUCUAGCGUCUCGCGAUGUCGACAACUUACGUCACUUUGUGCAGGACUACGCCGUCCGUGCUUUAAUACCCUACGUAGAACAUCUAGUGGCAAUACUCGCAGAAGGUGUAACCAACAAAAAGGGCGUCAGCAAGUCGCUGUUGAGUGCCACAAAACGUUGGUUCGUCACCAGCAAACCAGGCGCUGGUACCAACAAUCAAAACGCGGUCAUCUAUACAAAUGAAUCUGCCGAGCUUCAAACACGCAAACUGGGAGACCUUUACUUUAUGUUUGGACACUACAAUUUGGCUUUUCAGUCGUAUCACCAAGCGAAGCGAGACUUUAAUGCAGAUUCUGCUUGGCAGUACUAUGCAGGAGCCUUGGAAAUGGCCGCCCUAUCAGCCUUUAUGCUGGGUACAGCGCAUCGCAAAACCUACGAUUACAUGGAGGAUGCUAUUAUGUGUUAUCUUACAGUCUGCAAACUGCAGCAAUUUGCCACUCGAGCGACUCUCCUGAGCAUGGAGUGUCUCAAGACGGCACGUCUGUACAGCGAGGUGGCCAAACAGCUGAUACGCAUGACAAGUGAGGAAUCGGAUCUGCGUUCGGCAUUGCUGCUCGAGCAGGCAGCAUACUGUUUUCUGGUCACAAAUCCGCCCAUGCAUCGCAAGUAUGCAUUUCAUAUUGUGCUCGCCGGGAAUCGAUAUUCGAGGGCAGGACAACGCAAGCAUGCCUAUCGCUGCUAUCGCCAGGCUUACCAGGUGUUCCAGCAGCGUCAGUGGAGCCUUGCCGAGGAUCAUAUUCAGUACACUGUCGCUAAGCAAGCGUAUAUGCUAAAACAGCUGGAGGAGGCGAGUCGCUCUUUUGCCCAUUUACUGCGUCCUGGCAGCUUGCAGAGCGCCCAGCAACAGAGCAGCUUCCUCAAGGAAUAUAUAUUAACGCAGAAUGAGCUACUCAAACGGAGUCCAGAGCUGGGUCUGUUGCCACACGCCUUGCCCCAAGUGGUGCAGUCCUCGGUGCGUGUGCUGACGCUUGUGCAACCGCCAAGUUCACAGCCACCGCAAGUGCCAGCCAGCAACAUAGAUAUUAACUCCAACUUGACGGCGGAUGAAACGAUUUGGCACAAAAUGGAGGAAAUGCUGGUCAUUACAGCCGCCUCCAAUAAGCCUUUUGUGUUUAAGCCUUCGCGUUAUUUAUACACCAAGCAACAGCCGGCCACAGAGUGUCCUCUAGCCGUACAGGGAGAGCCCAUCGAGCUGGCAGUGACACUAUCAAACAGUGUCCGCUGUGCCAUUGCCUUGUCGGACAUUGAUUUGCUCUGGCGGCUUACUCUGGACAAUGAGGAGGUGCUCUCAAAUCUUUGUGUAUACGAACAAUCAGCGGACAGUGCCAGCAAAGCGGCUGUUAGUGCUGCCAUUAAGACCAGCUGCCUGGCAACAUUGGACCUGGCGGAACAAGCUGAGCAAAUGUUACACUUCAAGCUAACACCCAAGCUUACAGGCCGCUUAUCAAUUUUGGGUGUUGUCUGUCGCGUGGCAGCCAAGGCGGAGCCAACAGCCAAUUUACUGGGUCUUUUGCAGUUUGAGACGCAACGCAUUAAGCCCAGCACGGCGAAACAAUCUUCACAGACGUUGCUAGAUAGCAGACUUAGCAUAAAGCUGGUGCCACAGGUUCCUUCCCUGUGCGUCAGCUUCAGUCCUGUGCCCACUGAAUUACUUGCUGGUGAAAUUCUGCCCGUUUCGAUUACACUGCGCAAUUUAGGCAUUGCGCCCAUUGAAGAGAUCUACCUUGGCUGCGAUAAUCCACGUUGUCUGACGCUACUCGAUCAGCACCAGACUGAAAUGCCGCUUACCAUACUGAGUUCUCUUCGCGAUCUGUCAAAUGAUAAGCUGGUAAAGGAUAAGGAAAUACGGCGUCAACGCGUUUUUCGCCUGCUACAGCGUCCUGGACAGGCUGCCCUGGAUGCCCAACAGGGACACACAAUAUCUAUGUGGCUGCAGGCACCACAUGUCGCUGGAACGUUUACCUUGCGUCUGCUCUUUUAUUAUGCGUUGCCGACGACGGUUAAUGCCCACAUUAAGUACCGUCUGGUGCGACACAUUUGGCAAGUGCAGGUUCAAAGCUGUCUUCAAACUAAUGCCACCUGUGUGGUCAGCAAUGCGGUGAGCCGUGAACUAGGCCUCGAUGUUAGCCUACGAAAUGUGCAUGCUGCACAAACAACUGAAGUGUACAUCAAUGCAUUGUCUCUAUACUCCAAGGAGUAUUCGUUGAAACCAAACAAUUUGUUCAUCAUGAACAAAAUGGAAUUAUGUCACGGUCAAGCUGGUAAUCAUUGCCUCAAGUCGACCAAAUGCUGCAGCUUUCAGUGUCGCAUGCAGGAAAAGAAUGAUGAGCAUGUUCAGGAUAAGCCCACACUUAAAUCUCUGCUGCAAAUGCGUCUCUCACGCUUGGAAAUUAUGUCAGCACAGCAGCUUGAGCAACACGCUGCUCUGCAUCUGCAGGAACCGCACAGCUUUCUGGCCAACGAGGAAACCGUUUUCUUCAAUACAAACAUAAGCACAGAAGAAUUCAAUGCCAGCAUUGCCAGCUAUGUGCCACAUGCCACCGCUGCGCUCAGCUGGAGUGCUCUAGUGAGAAAGGAUGAUGUGCAACGUGUGGCAAGCGGCUUGCACUUUAUAAAGCUCUACAAUCUCUACGAGACAGGCAGCUGUCCGGCCGUUGGUGAUGCUUUACUCCGUCGACGACCGUCUGCAGAUGAGACACACAACAAGCGCGAGUUUCAGCUGCCUGAAGAUGCAGGAAACGAAGCUGCUAGUGAGCCACUGGCCGAGGAUGAUGUGGCCGACUUCUGGGAACCGAAUGAGCACUAUGUGUCCCAACGCUGUAUUCUGGAAGAUGAGAGUUUUGUCCUAUCAACCAGAGCCUAGACUUGUAAUUAUAUUUUUAUUGAACUUGUAUCUGUUUGUGUAUUAUUAUUUAAUUGUUAACUUCUGGGCGUUCCAACAAAAAUAGUGUCUUUUGCAUGUGAUUAAACAGAUCUACAUAAGCUAAUAAAUUGAUUGUUAAUCUAUGAAUUAAUAACAAAAAUA